AUGCCCACCAUUGAGCAGUAUGGAGGUAUGACAGAUCCAGAGGACCAUCUGGAAAGUUUCAAGUCUGUAAUGCUCUUCCAGGGAGCAUCAGACGCCAUCAUGUGCCGGGCAUUCCCCUCUACCUUGAAGGGCUCGGUAAGGCAGUGGUUCGCGUGCCUGAGGCCGCUAUUAGUCACCAGUUUCAUGGAACUUGGACGGGCCUUCAUAGCCAACUUCAUGAGCAGCAGAGUCUACAGGAAGACAGCAACCAAUCUAUUGGCCAUCAGACAACAUUCUAAUGAGAUGCUAAGAGCCUUUCUCACAAGGGUCAACAACGAGGCGUCAGAGGUAUGGGAUUUAGACCCUAUUGUGAAAUUCCAGGCCCUGCACAGUGGCAUCAGGGAUGUAGAAUUGAAGAAAUCCUUGAACAUGGAGGAGCCUGCAGAUAUGUACGAUCUUUUCUCGCACUGUGAAAAGCACAUCAAUCUUGCAAAGGUUCUUAUGGUCGAGCAAGAGAAGGAAACAAAGCCAGAAAAAAAAAGUCAGGAAUAG